GCCGCCCUUCUCCACCUCGCCGACGUGCGCAUCUCAGUCGCAUUGCCCUCGCGCAUCCAACGACACCCUCGUGGCACUUCCACCCCCGACACCGACCCAUUGACCAAGCCACACAUUCCAUCGCAAAGUCUGCCUGCGCGAAGCGAUGGCCGACACCGAGGGAGAGAUCAUGGUCGAGGACGAUACGGCGGUGGAUGAGACGAUGGGCAUGGCCGAGAAUGUGGAAACCGUCGUGGAUGAGACUGCGCCGGGCGGCCUCGAGGACAUUGAGCCUACUAUUCCACCUCGCACCACUUUUCUAGACUACAUGCGCUCCCCCAUCGUCGAGCUCAUCAUCGGCUCCGGCAACACCCAGUCCACCCUCUACGCCCACCAAGGACUUUUGGAAAGCUCGCCAUUCUUCGCCGAAGCCUGUGCACACUUCUCCGAUUCCGCCUCGCGUCGGCGCAUUGAAUUGCAGCAGGACGACGAGGCUGCGAUCGCUUCUGUCCUCGAGUACCUGUAUAAGACGGAUUACUUCCCCAGCCUCCAGGGUAGCACCAACCUCGAGUACGAUCCAACUGUGCCAUCGCCCGACAAUGAUGGUAUCGGUCUGUUGCGACACGCCCGCGUCUACACACUUGCACAAAAAUUUGGCCUUCCCCAGCUUGCAGCACUUGCGCAUAAGAAGAUCCACCUGACCCAGUCCACGGCCAAGGGCGAGAUCGCAUACGCGCGUUUCGUCUAUAAGGAGACUAGCGUCGACGAUGAGAGCAUCAGAAAGCCCGUGGCCGCAUUCUGGGCCACCAGGAGUCAUGUGUUGCGUCACGAGGCCGAGCAUGAGUUCAAGAGAAUGUGUCUCGAGUUUCCACAAUUCGGUUUCGAUGUGCUCAGCUUGGUGCUCGAUGCACAGGAGAAGCGAAGCAAGCGAGCGGAAGAUAGCACUGCUGGGCCUGCUGGUAGAAAGAGGCAGAGGACUGUGCUGUAAGAAGCAUCGCAGAGCGACAAUGUAUCCAUUUACCUGUACGAAUGUAGAGUGCUGCUGGACUCCCUCCUGUACCCUGGGUCUGGUAUGGGCGCACUCGGUAGACGCCAUCUCAGACUACGCAGUGAGCAGAAUGACAGCUUCGCAAGACUUCCAACUUGCUGCCUAAUAAGCUACCAAAGC